AUGCAGAUUCAAAAAUAUCAUCUUGAUAAAUAUAUCUCAAUGAUCCUUAACAAAAGAGCCUAUUUGAAUUAAGGUACCUCCAAUUCGAAUAUUUUAAACUAUACUUAAAAUUCUAAAACUAAUGAUCAAAACAUAGCAAUAUCUAUAUAUUUAGAACAUGUUACAGAUCAUAGAAAGAUAUUAGCCGAACAAUGGAUUCUAUGUCUUAAAAAUUAUUAAGUCACGAAUUAGCAAUGCGGUAAAUUUUGUCAAUUAGAAAAUUUUUCACUUUGUUGUUUGCUUACAAAGAGUCCAUUAUAUUAGAAUUUUAUUGUUAAAUAAUCAAGUUUGAAAAAUUACUAACUUUAAAUUAUAAUUGAUCACAAUGGGAAAAACUAGAAUUUAGAAUUAUAUAAAUGUUAUCAUUUAAACAUGCAACAGAAUCUUGGAAUAAUAGCUAGGUUUCAUUAACAUCUUAACUUGACUUAAGAGAUAAAUAAAUAGCGAUCCUUAUCAUUUUAAGAGUAAACAGUGAUACCUAAACAAAAUAACAAACUAACAAGAUUUAAUUCAGAAUAAAUAUAAACUCCAGAAAAAAAAGUAUUUAUGUACUUUUUUGAAGAAGAUGUAACAUUUUUGAUAGAUGAAACUCAAGUUGAAAGAGUUAUGAGUUAAAAUUCAGAUUCAGAUUUUAUGAUACAAACUAUUGAUGAUGAAACUGAUGUAACUGAAUGGUAAGUUAUAGAUCAUAAAUAAUUAUUGAGUAAAAAUUAAAAGAAAAUGCUUGAUGAUUUGAAAUAGAUUAGAGAUCACUUUAAUUUUAAAUCUAAGCAUUCUCAUUAAAUAUAGAUGACAAUAGGAUUCAUCUAAUAAUGA